UUGUCGCCUUCCGCUGACUCGCUGGGCGCAGUGGGGCGCAAGAAGCCGAAGACAAAUCCGAGGGCAUUUAAAUAAACACAACAGUGCGGGGCACGCUGUUGUUAGACUUAUUUACUAGUUCAAUUUAUCAAAGUUAGGCACAAUUACACACCUAAAAUGGAUGUGUUUCUCAUGAUUCGACGAAAGAAGAUGACGAUAUUCACUGAUGCGAAGGAUAAUACGACUGUUCUUGAGCUUAAAAAAAUUAUAGAAGGUAUAUUAAAAAUACCACCUCUAAACCAACAACUAUUUAACAAAGAUAACGUAAUGAUGUCCGAUGGUAAGUUUCUCUCUGACUAUGGAUUAACAUCAGCAACCGCGAAGGCUCAAAGUCCUGCCCUAGUGGGACUCGCAAUUCGCCAGGAAAAUGGAGUCUUUGAAAACCUCGAGAUGACUCCCUUUUCUCUGCCACCCGAUCUUCCCGAUGUCAUGAAAUCCCAGGAAACCAACGGACAGGAACAAUCGCCUUGAGUAACCUCAAAUCGUGUGAAAUGGACUGUGAAGUAUAUCAUGCGAUACUUCACAAAAAAAAAUUACAACAAACAAACAUCGCCAUUCAAACGGAUUUCAGGGAGUCCACUCAAGCAUGAUGUGAAUACUAGAUGUACACAAGUUUAUGCCUGUAAAGUUCAGCUCUUGAGGGAAAAACCGAGUAGUGAAUGAAAAUCGCAAAUAAUUUUUCUUGACAUACUUGGGUACAUUUUGAAUCAAUCUAGAGUCACCUACCAAUUACUUGGAACAUUUCCCUCUCAUCCGACACAUUUUUUUGUUAUAUUUUUGAUCUUUCAGAAUAAACUACUUGAAUCUAGCUUGUUUAUAUUUUGGUUCCAGUAUAGAAAGUUUCCUUUACGGACAAAUGAGCUUUCGAAAAUUUCUGAAUUUGUCAAUAUUGGUCCAUAUUAUGGAAGCAUAGUGCUCAAAAGUUUUGCUGGGUUUUUGUAACAUUGACUGUCUAGUUGCAAUGUAUGUACUCCUUGAAAAUAACGGAAUAUUAAUACUGUGAUUUACACAUUCGCAGCUUCUGUAAAUUGGAAAUUCUAUUUUAUUUUUUAAGUCUUUUGAAAAGUAACUUUAACAAAACUUUGUUUCUGUUAGAGUUGUAAAUAUAUUUGGGAUAUUUAAUUAUUUUGAUUUGAUUUAUAUUGGUUUACUGCAUGCUCAUGAAUCAUUAAAGAAGCAAUCGUGAUUAAACGACUAAACAGGGUGUCGCGUUUUUUAUCAUCGCUGAUGUCAAUGUGAUACCUCGAAGAUUAAUAGAAAUGCAAUUUUUUCUUUGUACUUGCUGAUUUGCUGUCGAUUUUAAAGCCUGCUGGGUAUUUAAAAUACACUGGCUGCUUUCCACUUUUUUAACGGCGCAAAUUCUAGAAUAUAUGUUUUUUUUUUGCGAUAAUAUCUAGUUUCUACUGAAUCCAAACAAUAAACAAGGUAAAGAGAUACGUAAAUUUCCUUUUUGAGAUUCAAGAUUUGCUUAGAAAUAAAUGAAAAAGAGAGGUGAUUAAAAAAAAGUUUUGUAAGUCUCUGCAUCGAUUUUAUUCACUUUUUGAUUCUGGAAUUGAAAUAAAACCUGAAGAAAUGUAAAUUUAGUGAAGUCCGAACCAUCAAUAUAGAUUAUAAUAAUCAAUUACAAUAUAGUGUUUUUAUCGAAGAGAUUUCACUAAUUUAUUAAAGAAUGCCAUUGUAUGAAUCAUCGUUUUUAUCGACAGAGCUUAUUCUGUAAUUUUCAUCCCGAGAGAAUGUCGAUAGUGAAAUUAGCAAAAAGUACUGUACCUACGACUGAUCUAAGUUAUAAAAAAUUGCUUUUUUUCACAAGAAAAUUCACGCGUUCGAACCAAUUAGGCUCGCUGCUGCACUGAAGAAAAAAGUAACUAACGAAUUUCAGCAAAAUAAUGAGGAUUAGAACACUUGAUUUAUUCUUCCAGUUUCAUCCCUCGGUUGAAGAUUUUAUUUCGAAAUUAUUCGCAAAUUUAACCGAUUUUUUGUUUUAUAAUUGGAGAAACAGGAGGUGCCUUUAAGCGAAUUUCUCUGUAAAUUAUUAUUAAUAAACUUCGUAAGCAGUAAUUUAAAAAAAAACUACAUCUUAAGUUGUACAAUAUAAUUUCUGAUCUUCUA